AGAAAAGCUGAAACCAGAGCUGUUCAAUCAGAUUUCAAGAAGGGAAAUCCAGAGAGAGAGAGAAGAUGUCGGUGCUUAUAGUUACGAGUUUGGGAGAUAUAGUUGUGGAUUUAUACACUGACAGGUGCCCUCUUACUACCAAGAACUUCUUAAAGCUCUGCAAGAUAAAGUAUUACAAUGGGUGUCUCUUUCACACGGUCCAGAAGGAUUUUACUGCACAGACUGGUGACCCAACUGGAACGGGUUCUGGUGGUGACUCAAUAUACAAAUUUUUGUAUGGUGAUCAGGCUCGCUUUUUCGGUGAUGAGAUUCAUCUUGAUUUGAAGCAUGCUAAAACAGGUACAAUUGCCAUGGCUAGUGCUGGAGAGAAUCUCAAUGCCUCUCAGUUCUAUAUUACAUUGCGUGAUGAUCUAGACUAUCUCGAUGGGAAGCAUACAGUUUUUGGGGAGAUAGCAGAGGGAUUGGAGACAUUGACAAGGAUCAAUGAGGCUUAUGUGGAUGAGAGCAACAGACCCUAUAAAAAUAUUAGAAUCAAGCAUACCUACAUAUUGGAUGAUCCUUUUGACGAUCCUCCGCAACUAUCAGAGUUGAUUCCUGGAGCCUCCCCUGAAGGGAAACCUAAAGAUGAGGUUGAUGAUAAUGUGCGUCUUGAAGAUGACUGGGUGCCUAUGGAUGAACAAUUGGCUCCUGGAGAGCUUGAGGAGCGUCUACGUGCGAAAGAUGCGCAUUCCAGCGCGGUUGUACUUGAGACUAUUGGGGAUAUUCCUGAUGUUGAGAUAAAGCCGCCUGACAAUGUGCUUUUUGUUUGUAAGCUGAAUCCAGUCACAGAAGAUGAGGACUUGUUCACAAUUUUCUCACGCUUUGGAACUGUGCAAGCGGCUGAUAUAAUACGUGAUUAUAAGACUAACGACAGUUUGUGCUACGCGUUCAUAGAAUUUGAAACGAAGGAGGCAUGUGAAGAAGCAUAUUUCAAGAUGGAUAAUGCAUUGAUUGAUGACCGGAGAAUUCAUGUAGAUUUUAGUCAGAGUGUUGCAAGGUUGUGGUCCCAAUACAGGCGCAAAGAUGCGGGCAAAGGCAAAGGCUGCUUCAAAUGUGGUGCACUUGAUCACAUUGCCAAGGAGUGCACUGGUGAUUCUGCCAAUAAACAGCAACCUCAGAAGUACAUAUUAAAGAAUGAUAAUGCACAGCGUGGUGGAGGCAACAACUCCAGUUAUGAGAUGGUGUUUGAUGGAAACACUCCAGAAAGUCCAAGACAAAAAAAGAGACAUCAAGGCCAUGGUCCAAAUGACCUAAUUGAUAACCAAAAGAUGAAUAGGCAGAGUUCUGAGGACCGAAGGUGGGAUCAAGAAAAGAAGCGCUCAAGUGAUAGGGACCGACACAAUGUCAGAGGUAGAGAAUACAAAGAGGAAUCCAGUCGAGACAGUAGAUCAAGUCGAUCUGGUGGAAGAAGUCAUCAAUAUAAUGUGGCAUGGGGAAAGGAUACUGAAAAACCUAAGGUGAGACAGAGUGAUACAUAUGAUAAGCUGGAUCAACGGGAGAGUGGAAAGAGGUACACAGAUGAUGGCACCUAUGCAGAGAGAAGACGUGACGGAGAUUACAGAAAGAGGAGUGCAGAUAGUGAUAGAGAGAAGCACAACGAGAGACGAAGAGACAGAGAUGAUGAUGAUGAUGAUAAGAAUUAUAGUAGGAAGAGAACCGCAGAUGGUGAUACACCCACGGAAAGGAGUAGGGAUAGAGAAUGCAGAGAAAGAAGUGCAGCUAAUGGUAGCCCUUCAGAAAAGAGAGACGAUGAAGUUUAUAAAAAGAGACAUGCAGAGCAUGAUAGGCAUGCAGAGACGAGGGAUGAUAGAGACUACAGGAAGAAAUCUGUUGAUGAUGACAGACGAAACAAGAGAGAUGAGCCAGUUCAUAGGAAGAGAAGCACAGGGAAGGAAGAUAGAGAAUAUAGAAGGUGAGAGGCAUGGAAGUUCUCUUAAAGGAUAUAAGCCUGUGAUUGUAUAAUUUUGACCCCAGAACUUUUACCAGACUUAAGGUUUUCUGCGACUUCUCUCUGUAACGAAUGGAAUCAAUAUUGUACUGGUGUCAGUUUUGUACUAGUGACCCUAAAAUGAAAUACUCGAAACAAUCGAC